UUUUGGUUCAAAAGACAACUCGGAAUAUGGAGCCGCAUUUGCCGGGCAUCCCGGACAAGCACAGCAUGGAAGAUGAGGACAACCCUGGAGAUGGGAAGCCGCAGGAGGGGAAGGAAGAGCUUCCUUGCAAGUUGAAGACGCUGGACACAUCAGAAGAUUCGCCCAGUGCUUUAAAAGCAUGGCUUUCGGAGGAGUUCCAACGACACAUCGCUGCACUUCGUGAGCAUCUUGAUGAAGCCUUUGACAAGCAGCUCCAGAGCCAAAGAAGUGCGUUGGAGAAGUUGGCAUUUGCGGUCAAUGGGGAGCGGGACCUGCGCUUGGCAGGACUUUGCUUUCCUCCGCCACGGUUGCCCAUGGCUCCAUCAACUGAGGAUCCUCCAGCAAAGCUUGAGGUUCCUGGCGAGAAGCCGGUCGACUCAGCGAAUGCCCCGGCCACCAAAACUCCCGCAGACACUGUUGAAGGAGGACCAGCAAGUUCAAAGACGAGCUCAGGAAGCUCUUGCAUCCAAUCGCAAGGCAACGAGGAGAAGGACCCGGAGCGACGGCCCUCCCGCAUGCAAGAGGCUUGGAAGAAGUCACAAGAAUCAGAAAAACCACGUCGAGCAUCUCAAAUGCUUGGAACUACGUACAGCAAGCUGGUGACAAGAGUUGAGAUUGACAUCAAAGAAUCAGUAGUUGAUGCUAUUGUGAGUGUCUUAGUGGUUCUGUAUACGUUCAUCCUCUUGCUGCAGACGCAUUGGCGAGGCUUAGAGGCUGUCCAAAGACUGGAUGAUGUUCUGCCCGAUGAUCCAAACUUCCAAGACUGGCCUGGAGCAGAGACGGCAUUUUUUGUAGUCGAUCACAUCUUCAACGCAAUAUUCGUCCUGGAAAUUGCAUGGCGCCUCUACAUGCACAAGCUGCAGUUUUUAUGCGACAUUUUCGGGGUGUUCGAUGUCCUCGUGGUGAUUGCGACGAGCAUCGACGUCUACGUAUUGCAACCCUUUGAUGCGGGCUACGCACAAAACUUUGCAGUUGGUCGCCUCACUCGAAUAUUUCGUUUGAUGAGAAUCUUCAGGGUGCUACGAGUUAUGCGCUUUGCCAAGAAUCUGCAGCAGCUUCGGUUGUUGGGGGAUGUUCUUUCCAAAUGUUUGAGCCCGCUGAUGUGGGCACUGCUCGUUUUGGGCAUCAUCAUGGUGGGAACUGGCGUUUUGAUGUCUCAACUAUUAGUUGAAUACGUGCUGGAUGACACACAGCCACUGGCGGAGCGCCGGUGGGUAUAUGACUAUUAUGGCACGGCCUUGAAAGCAACCUAUUCGGUCUUCGAAGCAACCUUCAGUGGCUCAUGGCCGCUCAUCGCACGACCACUCAUCACCAAUGUCAGUGAGUGGUACUGCGUCUUCUGGAUUGCUUAUCAAGUUGUCAUUGGAUUCGCCGUCAUGCGGGUCAUUGGAGCGCUAUUCCUGAACGAGACGAUUAGAGCAGCGAAUUCAGACGGAGAAGCAGAAGUGCUGCGCAAGAUGAAGGAGAAGGAGGCAUUCAGCCAAAAAGUAUACCAGUUCUUCACAGCCGCAGAUGCUUCUGGUGAUGGGCGUUUGUCCUAUGAAGAGUUGGAAGCUGCUCUUCAGGAGCCUGGAGUUGAGGCGUGGCUCAAAGCCCUUGAGUUGGAGAUCCACGAAGCCUACACGUUGUUCAUGUUGCUGGACGACGACCAAGAUGGCGAAGUAUCUUAUGAAGAGUUCCUGCAUAGCGCCUUGCGGCUCAAAGGCAAUGCCAGGGCCAUUGAUUCCAUCAUGAUCAUGCAUGAGCAGGCAAAGAUGGUCACAGAGUUCAAACGCCUGAAUGACAUGCUGACCACAGAGAUGGAUGCAUCCCGGGAGAUCAUGCAACGGCUCCAGCACCGCCAGAUCCAGCCUUCCCAUGAAAGGAGGGGCUCGCCUUUUGGUGACUUGUUGCUAUCCCCAGCGGCUACCAAAGCCAGGCUUGCUCGAAGGGCCUCUGAAGCGCCAGUCCGUAGGCCAUCACAUUUGGAGUAGAGAGUGCAGUAUAUAACGCGGCAAAAUCCCAAAAGCGGAGAUUCGAAGAACUUCUCACACCCGAAUCCUCGGAGGUUGCAAUAGCCACAGCUGCUGCGUCCACUCGCUGGUGAA